AGCUCUCACCAACACACCCAAUGUUGUAUACAGAGAUUCUCCCACUCUUUCCUGACCUUCCUGUCAGGAUGUUUUUAUCUUGUGGGCAGUGUGGCCUUGUUGGCAGAUCUGAAGAAGGUUUACCGAUGCUCAAGAUAUUCCUUCUCAUCAUUUCUCUUCAUGUCGAUCUGGUUACAUCUCUAAAAGAAAAUGCUGAUAAUUCCAGUUUAUUACCACCUUCUGCUGAAUCAUCUAUUGUCAGUCUUGUCCCCUACUACAAUGGUACUCCAGAUGCUACUUCAGAAGUAUUAUCUACUUUAAACAAAACAGAAAAAGCUAAAAUCACUAUAGUAAAAACCUUCAAUGCAUCAGGAGUCAAACCCCAGAGAAAUAUCUGCAAUUUGUCAUCUAUUUGCAAUGACUCAGUGUUUCUUCGAGGUGAGAUAGUGUUUCAAUAUGAAGAAGAUCACAAUGUUACCAAGAAUCAAGAUACAGCUAAUGGCACCCUUGUUGGAGUCCUGUCUCUAAGUGAACAGAAACGAUCAGAACUCAACAAAACUCUGCAAACCCUAAGUGAGACUUAUUUCAUAGUAUGUGCUACAGCAGAAGCCCAAAACACAAUAAAUUGUACAUUCACAAUAAAACUGAACGAGACAAUGAAUGUAUGUACCAUGAUGGUUACCUGGAAAAGUGUACAGAUUCGGCCAAUGGAACAGUGCUGCUGUUCCAACAGAAUACCCUGCCCUUCCUCACCAGAAGAGUUAGAAAAACUGCAGUGUGAUUUGCAGGAUCCCAUUGACUGCCUUGUUGAUCAGCCACAUGGCCCACCAUUAUCUUCUUCCAGUAAGCCCAUGCCAGUUGCACCUCAGGCCACCAAUAUUUCCCACAUCGUCAGUGACUUCUCUUUGGCUGAACCACUUGAUCAUACCCCUGUGACCCAGAACACUCCCUCUGUGACGCAGGAGAGUCGGCUUCCAUCUCCCCAGCCUUCUUCUCCCCUAGCUUCCAGUUCUGUCAUCAAGAUCACACACCAGUCUGGAACUUCCUCUUCUCCUCUGCCCCCAAUUGAUCUUUCCCAUACCCCACCUCCAGUGAAAUCCUCUCCUCCCUCUCCCACCACACCAGCCCCAUCUGUCCCUGCAAAUAUGGUCAGCAUCAGCUUACCUCCUGGCAAGACAGAAAUUGUCAACACCAGCAGUGUUCCUGACCUUGAGGCCCAAGUGUCCCAGAUGGAGAAAGCUCUGUCCUUGGGCAGCUUGGAGCCUGACCUGGCGGGUGAAAUGAUAAACCGAGUCAGCAAGCUCCUUCAUUUCCCACCUGCCUUGCUAGCCCCUCUGGCUCAAAGGUUACUAAAAGUAGUAGAUGACAUUGGCUUACAGCUGAAUUUUUCAAAUACGACCAUCAGUCUAACAUCCCCUUCUUUGGCUCUUGCCGUGAUCAGAGUGAAUGCCAGUAAUUUCAAUACAACGACCUUUGCAGCCCAAGACUCUGCAAAUCUUCAGGUUUCUCUGGACACCGAGGCUCCUGGAAAUAGUAUUGGUGUCAUUACUCUGCCUUCAUCAUUAAUGAGCAACUUGCCAGCUAAUGACGUGGAGCUAGCUUCCAGGGUUCAGUUCAACUUUUUUGAAAUGCCUGCCCUAUUUCAGGACCCCUCUCUGGAGAACCUCUCUCUGAUCAGCUAUGUCAUAUCAUCAAAUGUUGCAAAUGUGACCAUCAAGAACUUGACAAGAAAUGUGACAGUCACACUGAAGCACAUCAACCCAAGCCAGGAUGACUUAACAGUGAGAUGUGUAUUCUGGGACUUGAGCAGAAAUGGUGGCAGAGGAGGCUGGUCAUCGAAUGGGUGCUCUGUCAAAGACAGGAAGCUAAAUGAAACCAUCUGCACUUGCAACCACCUUACAAGCUUUGGUGUCCUAUUGGACCUAUCUCGAACAUCCUUACCACCAAGUCAAAUGAUGGCUCUGACGUUUAUCACGUAUAUUGGCUGCGGGCUUUCAUCAAUUUUUCUGUCAGUUACUCUUGUAACCUACAUAGCCUUUGAAAAGAUCCGGAGGGAUUAUCCUUCCAAAAUCCUCAUCCAACUGUGUGCUGCCCUGCUGCUGUUGAACCUGGUCUUCCUCCUAGACUCAUGGAUUGCUCUGUAUAACACCCGAAGCUUCUGCAUCUCAGUGGCUGUAUUUCUUCACUAUUUUCUCUUAGUCUCAUUCACAUGGAUGGGUCUGGAAGCAUUCCAUAUGUACCUGGCACUUGUCAAGGUGUUUAAUACUUACAUCAGAAAGUACAUUCUUAAAUCCUGCAUUGUUGGCUGGGGGGUACCAGCUGUGGUUGUGACUAUCAUCCUGACUAUAUCCCCAGAUAAUUAUGGGAUUGGAUCAUAUGGGAAAUUCCCCAACGGCACACCAGAUGACUUUUGCUGGAUCAACAGCAAUGCAGUAUUCUAUAUCACAGUUGUGGGAUAUUUCUGUGUGAUAUUUUUACUGAAUGUCAGCAUGUUCAUUGUCGUCUUGGUUCAGCUUUGUCGAAUUAAAAAGAAGAAGCAACUGGGAGCCCAGCGCAAAACUAGUAUUCAAGACCUCAGGAGUAUUUCCGGCCUCACAUUUUUACUAGGAAUUACUUGGGGCUUUGCCUUCUUUGCCUGGGGACCAGUUAAUGUCACCUUCAUGUAUCUCUUUGCCAUCUUUAACACCUUACAAGGAUUCUUCAUAUUCAUCUUUUACUGUGUGGCAAAAGAGAAUGUCAGGAAGCAAUGGAGACGGUAUCUUUGCUGUGGAAAGUUACGGCUGGCUGAAAAUUCUGACUGGAGUAAAACUGCUACUAAUGGUUUAAAGAAGCAGACUGUAAACCAAGGAGUAUCCAGUUCUUCAAAUUCCUUACAGUCAAGCAGUAACUCCACUAACUCCACCACACUACUAGUGAAUAAUGAUUACUCAGUGCACGCAAGCGGGAAUGGCAAUGUGUCUAUAGAGAGGAGCGGGGUUUCUUUCAGCGUUCAGAAUGGAGAUGUGUGCCUUCAUGAUCUCACUGCAAAACAGCAUGUGUUUAAUGACCAGGAAGAUUCCUGCAAUGGUAAAAGAUGGAUGGCACUCAGAAGGACUUCAAGACGAGGAAGAUUACACUUUAUUUAGCAAAUGUAAUUCUCUUUUUCUAAAAUUGAAGCAUGAUGCUUGAUGGUGUGAAAUUUCCAAUUUUACCUUAGACACAAUGUGAGAUUAUGAGAAUCAACUUGUUUUAUACUCAGCAACUUCUGACGGAACAAGCUAAUUGAGGGCAAUGGUUACGGCAAUGGUUACUAUUGGAAGGAGGAACCAAGACAUAAUUAUGGUCUUUAGACCUUUAUAAUUUGGUUUCUUUUCUUUCAUUUAAAUAAAGAUUGGUGUUUAAAAAGACACAGAAAAAGAUUUAGGAAAAGAAAAAAAAAGAAAGUUCAUUUCCAGUUCUAUUUUAAAGAGGCUAUUAUCCUUGAUAACAUCCUAGGGAAAAAAACUGUUGACUUCAGUCUGUUGGUGAUUUUAGUUGUGCAUGCCUUUAUUGUAUAUAAGCUAAAUUCUAGUGACCCCACACACACCAAAAAUCUUACUACUACCUUUUUAUAUUUAUUUUCUACUUUGUAAGUUUAUUCUUUUGUAGAAUCAUGGUUUUGUUGUUUUGUCUAAUGUGAUAACUUGCUGAUUCGGUGAACUUUAAAGCUCCUUUUGGAGAUUUUAUGGGAUGUGAAAUAUAGAAACGUCACUGAAAUCAAGAAGCAAUGAUGACACCAGACUGGAAAAAUAUAGGCAGAUAGUUUCACAAUGAUCUCAUAGAGUGUUUUUGAGCAAGCCUAAAAAGGUGCCCCACUGGACAAACACAGCUUUAUGAGCUCAUGGUUUGGCAAACAGUAGGUGCCAUAGUUUAGCCCUGAUAACCCUCUUGGGUACAUCCUUAUGCAGGUUAUGACCUGUGUGACCAAUACCCAUUCCCAGACUUCAUCCCUAAUGAUCAGAUGAUAGAAUCUGCAUUAAGAUGCUUAGUUUAAUAUCAUGAUCACAGAGAAGGAAAAAACUGUAAUCUAGACCAUAUGUCAGGAAGAUUGUGAAUGUGGAAAAGAUAUACACUGCCACUUCUCAAAUCCCCAGAGCCUUUCAGAAGAGGGGAGUAGAGUAGGAUUACUUUUCAAAAGAUUGUAUAUAUGGUAAACAAAUUAGUUCUUUAAAAGACAACUGCAUGGUACAUUAUUACAACUGGUACAUUCUGACACAGCCACAUUUAUACUUGUUUUUUAAACAUGUCACAUCUUGAAGAAUGUAUAGUGACAAAGGGGAGCAGCUACUGAGAGUGGUGAACUAGCCUGUGAUGCUGUUGUUUGUAUAUGUAUCUAACUCUGAUUGUUUCUAGUUAUGGAGGGUCUAUCCUGCUUACCACCUAUACCUGCUUGAGUGGUGCCUCAAGUAUGCUCUUAUUAAGAUUUCAAAACCCUUUGGUUAGGUCUUUCACUAAGGCUCCCUUGCAUAUAUCUCAAAUGAAUGUUGUACCCCAGACUAACCAUAGUAAUAAUACACGUUUCUGUGUGUGCUGAUUUGUCUUUGCAAUAUUUCUUCUCUGAAUUAUUUAAUUAUUUUGUAUUUAUAUGUUAAAAUCAAAAAGUGUUCAAAUCAAUGAAAUAAAUUUUCAGUU